AUGUCGGGUGAUUAUUCGGUGGAUAUGGAUGCAAUGUCGGGUAAUCAUUCGGUGAAUAUGGAUGCUAUAUUUAGAUAUCUGCCUGGUUUGGAAAAGAUUCUUGGUUUUACUAUUCUGUUUAUGAUCGUAUCGUGUAUUCAUGAGCAAAGAAAAAGACGUAAUAAUAUCCCGGGCGAUCCAGCUGUUGUUACUGUAGAAACAUCAAGUUUAGGAGGAGGACUUGAAUCGGCGGUGAUCAAAACGUUUCCGGUAUUCGACUACUCUGAUGUUAAGAAUGUCAACAAGGUUCAUUAUAUUAAAGGAGCAAUACUAGAAUGUCCGGUUUGUAUAAGUGAAUUUGGGGAUAAAGAUAAGUUAAGAUUAUUACCAUGUCAUCAUGUUUUUCAUCCUGAAUGUAUUGGUACUUGGUUUAUUUCGAAUUCUACUUGUCCUUACUGUUGCCGUGACCUUAAAAAUAUGGUUGCCGGAACUUCUAUUAUUGCAGGUGAUGCUAUAGUUGAUGUGUACGAAGAUGAUGUUAACCAUUCCGGAGAAACGGUGGAUUCUGAAACAGAGCAUGAAGAAACCUGGGUUUCAAUUCCUUUGGUACAUAAUUCAGAUCAAGUGAUUAAUGGUAUCAACCCUGACAACUAUACGAACCUCUUAAAUGCAAGCGAGAAUACAAUAAGAUCCACAAACCGGCCUAUAGGGAAAUAUCUGAGAUCACAUUCAACUGGGCAUUCAUCGAUACCACAAAACCUAAAGAAUAGUGAGAGGUUUACUUUACGAUUACCAGAUGACGUGGGAAAAGAUAUUUUCAGGCAGAAAUCAUUUAACUUUCCACCAGUUUCAGGUGGGAGUAGUCAUCAUGGUCACAGUGGUAGCGGUGUUGCAGAAAGUAUUAAUAGAAGAGUUUAA